GUAUGUCCCUUCUCAACCUCCUACACUUGCUGGUUUUUAUUGCUUAUAUAUAGGCCUGCGCUUAACCGAAACCCCUACUAAAUAUAUUGUACUAUAAACUAUUGAACAGUGCCUUCUGAUAGGCCUAUCACAGUGUUUCUCGGCUCUCUUUAGUCACUCUCACACUCUGACCUAGUACUACUUCUUACUCAUAUAUAUAUUUACUUCCACCUGCAACCACAACCCCAAGCAAAUUCCAAACGCCACCCGAGUUUUUCUUAUCAGCUAGGCCUGUAGUGAUGGCUGUUGACCUAUUCAGCUCGGAGUUACUGCUUCCCUCUCAGUUACUCAGUGAUGAGGAAGAUAUUCUUCUAGUUCCUGAGUCUCUCAAACCUUUCAACCUUCGCAAAGACUCGAGUUGCUGUUAUAACAAGCCCUGGGAACCUCCUUCUCACGCUACUACUGAAUCGGCUUUCAGUUCCCCUGGUGAGUCGGAACUCGGUUCGGCCGAGACAGACAGUGACAAGGACGAUGAUUACAUUGCUGAGUUAACUCGCCAGAUGGCCCAGUACAUGCUUCGAGACGAUGACAAGAACAAACACAAAAACUCCCACCAAAGCUUUGAAAAUUUUGAAAAGACAUGGGGUUUGACUAGCUCGCCAGAAUCAACGUUCUGGUCACCACUGGGUUCGAAUCAAGGAAGCUCAGAUGGUACUUCUCAGGAACCAUCUCCACCACCCACACCAGAGUUUGAAAAAGACCCUUUUUGGGAUAGCAGUUACGACGUUGUUGGCAAGUUGGAGAAGAUGUACCUUGAUGAUUACGAAAAGCCUAAAAAACACCAACAUGUUCAAGGGGUUCGGAGCACACCAUUGAAACCAAAUGUUGGGUUUAGCUCGAACCAAGCACAGACUCAACCUCUCACUGACUAUCAAAUUCGUGCUAUUGAACUCUAUAGGCUGCAACAAGAGCGUAUUAUGAAGCAACAAGCUAAAGCUUCAGAGCAAAAAGAUCAGCCCCAACAGUUUGAGAAGAAAGCUAGAUUUCGUAAUGGGUUUGGUAAUGGAGGAAGAGGUCAGGCUCAGGCUCAGGCUCAGACAAACCCAUGGAGUAGUCAGGCUCAGAAUCACCACCAGCAAGUCGGGUCGGGUAUGGGGGCGUUUUGCAAGGGUGGGUCCGAUUCAAGAAAAGUACCAUCAUGUGGGAGUGGAACUGGUGUUUUCUUGCCCCGUGGAAUUUGGUACUCUUCGGAAACACGCAAGAAACCAGGAUGCCCCGCUGUUUUUAUACCAGCAAGAGUGGUGCAGGCCCUACAAGUCCACUUUGACCACAUGGGUGCGCGGUCUCGAGGCAGUGCUGCUGGUUUCUCUCGUCAACAUGAAGCUGUGAGUGGGAGAAAUGGCUUGAAUAUAAAGCAGAAGCGCCAGUCAAGGGCGGUGCCAGCCAUGGGUCAUCAUGAGAUGUGUCUACCUCAAGAAUGGACAUAUUGAGUGUUAACCCCUCCACUCACUCACAUGUGACUUGUUCAUCACUUCUAUUCUGUUGCUGAUAAUGGUGUUUUUGGCAGUUUUUGCCCAAGUAAAAGAUAAAAGAGAGAAAUGUUCAAGACAGAAGAAUAAAGAGCAAAACCAAAGACUCAUGUUGGGUCAAUAAGUCAAUUACAAUACGGAGAAUCUCCAAUAGAUAGAGUAGGACAGACAUACAGGUUCUAUACUCUAAGGUCUUUAGAGAAUGUGUUUUUCUUUUUAGGAGUAUUUAGAAAUAUUAGAAGGAAAAGAUUAAAUAAAAAAGUUUGUCUGAAAGAGAAGGAUUCAUUCUCUCUGAUGAUCCUUCCUUAUUGCUGGCUGGCAAUAGCACACUAUGCUAGCAAAUAAUUCAAGCUUCGGCAUCGUUGAGUUCU